CCGGUCAGUACCGCCUCUUCUACGGGACGAACGCGAGGCCGAAUGGAGCCGCAGAACCGUGUCUGACCGAGAAAGAUACUCCACAUUAAUACGCAACCGGAAUUCGCCAUGAAAACUCCAGGGAACCCCAGAAAGUUUCCAGCCGUGACUCGCAUGGGAGGCGUCGUCGGGCUUCUGGCCAGGUGGAAGGGGAGCAUCUACAAGCUGAUCGGGCUGGACAUUUUCAUAUGGCUCCUCUUCUUCUACAUCUUCAAUUGCCUUUAUCGAUUUUUGUUGGAUGCUAACCAAAGGAGACCCAGUGAAUAUUUGAAACGGAUUCUAAAUUCUUACGGGUCUGGGAAUGCGAAUGUCCCCAGCGUGUUCCAGAAGGUGGUGGUUUACUGCCGGGACUUCAACAAGAACAUCCCGCUGACGUUCGUCCUUGGCUUCUACGUUACCACGGUCCUUAAUCGGUGGUGGGGGCUGUGGGGCACCCUGCCGUGGCCGGAUGACGUCAUCCAUUAUCUCACCACUUAUCUGAGGGGACAGGUACCAGAAAUUAUGAGUGCUCGAUGUAACCCGUAA